AUGGCCCGCCUGCUUAGGGCUGCAACCUGGGGGCUAGUCCCCUGGAGGGGCUAUUGCUCCAAGUCACAGCAGGGUGAACUCAGCGAAGGCUUUGUGGAGGCCUUGAAGGCCAUAGUGGGGAGCCCCCACGUGUCCACGGCUGCCGUGGUCCGCGAGCAGCAUGGGCAUGAUGAGUCGAUGUACAGGUGCCAUCCUCCAAAUGCUGUGGUGUGGCCCCAGAAUGUGGACCAGGUCAGCCGGCUGGCAGCCUUGUGUUACGGCCAAGGCGUGCCCAUCAUCCCAUUUGGCACUGGCACCGGGCUUGAAGGCGGAGUCUGUGCCAUGCAGGGCGGUGUCUGCAUUAACCUGACCCAUAUGGACCGAAUUGUGGAGCUGAAUUCAGAAGACUUCUCUGUGGUGGUGGAGCCUGGUGUCACCCGCAAAGCUCUCAACACUCACCUGCGGGACACCGGCCUCUGGUUUCCUGUGGACCCAGGUGCAGACGCCUCUCUCUGCGGCAUGGCAGCCACUGGGGCUUCAGGCACCAACACUGUGCGCUAUGGCAACAUGCGGGACAAUGUGCUCAACCUGGAGGUGGUGCUGCCCGAUGGGCGGCUGCUGCACACCGCGGGCCGAGGCCGCCACUUUCGGAAGAGUGCAGCAGGCUACAAUCUCACAGGGCUCUUUGUGGGCUCUGAGGGGACGCUGGGCCUCAUCACAGCUGCCACCCUGCGCCUGCACCCUUCCCCUGAGGCCACGGUGGCCGCUACCUGUGCAUUCCCCAGUGUCCAGGCUGCUGUGGACAGCACUGUAAACAUCCUUCAGGCUGCAGUGCCCGUGGCCCGCAUUGAGUUCCUGGAUGAUGUUGCGAUGGACGCCUGCAACAGGUACAGCAAGCUGAACUGCGCUGUGGCGCCUACGCUCUUCCUCGAGUUCCAUGGCUCUGAGCAGGCACUGGCAGAGCAAUUGCAGCGGACAGAGGAGAUCACCCGGAACAACAGAGCCUCCCACUUCUCCUGGGCUAAGGAGGCCGAAGAGCGCAGCAGGCUCUGGGCAGCACGGCACAACGCCUGGUAUGCAAUCCUGGCCCUGAGGCCAGGCUGCAAGGCAGGCACUGGCACUCCAUGGGACAUGCACCGGGGAGCAUGGCAUUGGGCUGGGCAAGCGGCAGCUGCUGCAGGAGGAGGUGGGCACUGUGGGCAUGGAGACUAUGCAGCAGCUCAAAGCCAUGCUGGACCCCCGAAACCUCAUGAACCCAGGCAAGGUGAUAUAAGGGGCUCAAGUACUCGGCCCACAAGCCCCCAGAUUAUGAAGCCUCUGUUCUGGAACCUUCUUCAUGCCACCAACCCUGCAGGAUGGACUGUGGCCGAUGCUGUCUUCACCACCAGCCAGCCCUAUGUAUCUGGGGCUUUGAUGGGAAGAAAAGCCUGGGUACCUGGAUCCUCCCUGGCCCCCUUUAUUAUCCCCAGGAUCCUUUGGUCCAGUGAGUGACCCAGGCUGGUUACUGGAGAAGCUGCUUCCCUCUGCUCUUACACAUCCUGUUCUGGCUGGGAGAAGCAGUGUGGGUCCAGCCCAAGGUUAAGAUGAUGCCCCUCCAUCAAGGCCUCCCCACUGCUGGGGACCCAGGACAAAGUCUGAAGGGACCCAGCACCCUUUGCCCUAUACCUAGUGACAGGAACACUCCUUUCCUGGUAUGGGAUGGGAAUUCCCACUCCACAUUGUUAAGUCUUCCCCCAAAUAAAAGUGAACCCCAUUUGCAGCUGUCGGGAGAUCAACAGGCCUCCUCU